GGAUCGUGCAGAACUUCUUCAUCGUGUCGCUGGCCGUGGCCGACCUGACGGUGGCCGUGUUCGUGCUGCCCUUCAACGUGGCCUACAGCAUCAUCGGCAAGUGGGUGUUCGGCAUCCACCUGUGCCAGAUGUGGCUCACGUGCGACAUCAUGUGCUGCACGGCCUCCAUCCUCAACCUGUGUGCCAUCGCCCUCGACCGCUACUGGGCCAUCACGGACCCCAUCAACUACGCGCAGAAGCGCACCGUCAAACGCGUCAUGAUCAUGAUCGGCCUCGUGUGGAGCAUCAGCGUCAUCAUCUGCCUGCCGCCGCUGUUCGGCUGGAACGACUGGCCCGACGUGUUCACCUCCGACACGCCCUGCAUCCUCACGCAGGAGCGGGGCUUCGUCAUCUACUCGUCGUCCGGCUCCUUCUACUGCCCGCUGCUCAUCAUGACCUUGGUCUACGUCAAGAUCUUCACGGCCACGCGCCGGCGCCUGCGGGAGCGCGCCAAGGCCUCCAGGCUCAACCAGAUCCCAAACAGCGGAAAGGCCAGGCUUACCAAGGAGGAGGACUCCGCCGUGAGCGAGAACGGCCAAAAUGGUUACAAUGACACCAGCACGAAAAAGCUGGUUCAGCCAAGCCUCCCCAGCGACGCCAACCCUCGCCCCGCCUCCCAUUGCAGAAACCUCGGACUUGAGCAACCCGAAGGACGAGGCCUCCCCACUCGACGAGAAGAAAGGCGCAGACGUUAUUGUCAGAGUCAACCCGAAGAACGGCAGCCAAAUCCACCAGUUCAUCGAGGAGAAGCAGAAGAUCUCGCUGUCGAAGGAGCGUCGCGCCGCCCGGACGCUGGGCAUCAUCAUGGGCUCGUUCGUGGUGUGCUGGCUGCCCUUCUUCCUGAUGUACGUGAUCCUGCCCUUCUGCCCGACGUGCCCGGUGCCCAACGACAAGCUCAUCAACUUCAUCGUGUGGCUCGGCUACAUCAACUCGUCCCUCAACCCCGUCAUCUACACCAUCUUCAACCUGGACUUCAGGAGGGCCUUCGCCAAGAUCCUGA